GGAGAAACAGAGAGAGAGAGACAGCGGGAGAAACAGAGAGAGUGAGAGGAAGACACCAUAAGGUUGAAUGAAGCAAUACGAGCAGGAGGAGAUCAGGAGUAAACCACUGAGAGACAGAUCUCAGAUCCAGAAGAGCGUCUAUCUCGAGCAGGACGUCGGAGAGGUUUAACAACUAAAACAAUAAACAGGAGGAACACGUGAGAAACAGACAUUUGGACAACUUCUCUGAACUGGAGGGCUUUUAAUAACAUUAUUCCGAGCGCCUGCGACGCGGAGGAAACAAAACCAGCGAACACACACCAUCAACAACCAUGCUGAGGGUGUGGGACGUGAUGGUGACCCUGGUCACGGUGUCCCUGACCUGCCGCAGCGCGCUCGGCGGCUACGGGAUGAGCAUGUUCUCGGCGCAGACGUCCCCCCCGGACCCGUGCUACGACGAGACCGGGACCCCCCGGCGCUGCAUCCCGGACUUCGUCAACUCGGCGUUCGGGAAGGAGGUGCGCGUGUCCAGCACGUGCGGCGUCAAGGCGCCCGGGAGGUACUGCGUGGUCUCGGAGAAGGGCGACGAGAAGAUCCGGAGCUGCCACACGUGCGACGCCUCGGACCCCAGAAAGUACCACCCGCCGGCGUACCUGACUGACCUCAACAACCCCCACAACCUCACCUGCUGGCAGUCCGACAACUUCCUGCAGCACCCGCAGAACGUCACCAUGACCCUGUCUCUGGGGAAAAAGUUCGAGGUGACCUACGUGAGCCUGCAGUUCUGCUCCCCUCGACCCGAGUCCAUGGCCAUUUUAAAAUCGAUGGACUACGGAAAGUCGUGGGUGCCCUUUCAGUUCUACUCGACCCAGUGCAGGAAGACGUACAACAAGCCCAACAGGGCGGCCAUCACCAAGCAGAACGAGCAGGAGGCCGUGUGCACGGACUCCCACACCGACAUGCACCCGCUGUCCGGGGGGCUGAUCGCUUUCAGCACCCUGGACGGGAGGCCCUCGGCGCACGACUUCGACAACUCCCCCGUGCUCCAGGACUGGGUCACGGCCACCGACAUCAGGGUCACUUUCAGCAGGUUGCACACAUUCGGGGACGAGAACGAGGACGACUCGGAGCUGGCCAGGGACUCGUACUUUUACGCGGUGUCCGACCUGCAGGUGGGGGGCAGGUGCAAGUGCAACGGGCAUGCCUCGCGCUGCGUGAAGGACCGGGACGGGGGUCUGGUGUGCGAGUGCAAGCACAACACGGCGGGGCCUGAGUGCGACAGGUGCAAGCCCUUCCACUACGACCGGCCGUGGCAGAGGGCGACCGCCAGGGAGUCCAACGAGUGUGUUGCGUGUAACUGCAACCUGCAUGCCCGGCGAUGCCGGUUCAACAUGGAGUUGUACAAGCUGUCGGGGAGGAAGAGCGGAGGAGUCUGCCUCAACUGCCGCCACAACACGGCCGGGCGGCACUGCCACUACUGCAAGGAGGGCUACUACCGGGACCUGGCCAAGCCCAUCUCCCACCGCAAGGCCUGCAAAGCAUGUGAUUGCCAUCCCGUGGGCGCCGCUGGCAAAACCUGUAACCAAACCACGGGCCAGUGUCCCUGUAAGGACGGGGUGACGGGUAUCACGUGCAACCGCUGCGCUAAAGGCUUCCAGCAGAGCCGCUCGCCCAUUGCCCCCUGCAUAAAGAUUCCUGUCGCACCUCCCACGACGACGGCCAGCAGCACGCAGGAGCCCUCCGACUGUGACUCCUACUGCAAGGCGUCUAAAGGCAAACUGAAGAUCAAUAUGAAGAAAUACUGCAAGAAGGAUUAUGCCGUCCAGGUGCACAUCCUGAAGGCGGACAAAGCGGGCGAGUGGUGGAAGUUCACCGUCAACAUCAUCUCCGUGUACAAGCAGGGCGAGAGCCGCAUCCGCCGCGGCGACCAGACCCUGUGGGUGCGGGCCAAGGACGUGGCCUGCAAGUGUCCAAAGAUCAAGCCGGGCAAGAAGUACCUGCUGCUGGGCAACGACGAGGACUCCCCCGGGCAGGGGGGCGUGGUGGCGGACAAGGGCAGCCUGGUCAUCCAGUGGCGGGACACGUGGGCGCGCCGGCUCAGGAAGUUCCAGCAGCGCGAAAAGAAAGGCAAAUGCAAGAAGCCAUGAGGAGGGAGCGGGAGGGGAGUGGGGGGGUU